AAUUAAAACAAUCGAUUUUAUUUUUCUUCUCCAUUUUUCUUAUCCUUUUUCUAAUCACAGCUAUGGCUAGAGGAAAGGUGAAACUUUCGUUCAUUGUUAGUGAUGAAGCUAGGAAAGCAACAUAUAAGAAAAGGAAGAAUAGUCUAUUGAAGAAGGUUGAUGAACUAAGCACGCUUUGUGGAAUUGAAGCAUGUGCUAUAGUUUAUGGCCCUUAUGAGCCCGAACCAGAGAUUUGGCCAACAACGUGUGGAGUCCAACGCGUGCUCUCAAAAUUCAGGACAAUGCCUGAAUUUGAGAAGACCAAAAAAAUGUUUAAUCAAGAGGCUUUCAUGAAACAAAGGUUAACGAAGGCCGAGGAACAACUAAAGAGACUGAGGAAAAACAACAAAGACAUAGAGAUGAAAAAUCUCAUGUCUCAAUGUAUUAAAGAAGGUAAGGUUGUGCACAAUAAUAUGUCAAUGCUUGAUUUGAAUGCUCUUAAUUGGUUGAUUGAUCAGAAUUUGAAGGACAUAAGUAGAAGGAUGGAAGCGAAAAAUCUUCAUCAAAAACAUAUCAUAGGUAACCAAAGCCAAGUCCAACUCCAAAUGUCAUAUGUUCCGCCACCACCACCAGCAAUAACAUCGAGCAAGGAAGGAAUGUCGAUGGUGCUGAUAGGUGAUGGCCAUGUUGAGAUGAUCAUAAAUAAUGAUGACAUCACGCAAGAGAAGUUAUUUAUGGACUCGAUGAUUAAUGGUAAUUAAUGUGGAUAAAACAAUUCCAUUUAGUCAUCCUAAUGAUGUCAAUCUUCAAAAUUAAUUUUGGCCUAAUCCAUUACCUUGAAUGAAGUUAUUUAGGUGAAGCCAUAGUCAUAAGUUAUUAUGGUGUAAUAUUCACAUCUUUAUUUUAUGUUUUAUUUAUUCAUCAUGUGUCGCUUAAGUGCUUCACAUGUUUAUUUAUAUGCUUAUUCUGAAUUUUUAUUAUUGUCUAAGAAAGUUUGAUGUAUUGGUUUGAUUGAGUAAGAAAGUCUAUUGGUGCGUGGAUU